AUGGGCUCGAAACCUCUGGAGAUCCUCACAACCUCGGCUAUCACAUAUUCAAGGCCAGUGCCCCUUUCCUACAGGCUCCUGGAUGGUCAGGACACCCUCCCACCUGUCGUCUUCCUGCACGGACUGUUGAGCAACAAAGACAUCUUCAAGGCUGAGGCUGAGGCCCUGGCAAAGCAGACAGGCAGGAAGGUAUUGACAGUGGAUGCUAGGAACCAUGGAGACAGCCCUCAUAGCCCUGACUGCAGCUAUGAGGCAAUGAGUGCUGAUCUGCAGGCUCUGCUGUCAAAGCUAGGACUCAGCCCCUGUGUCCUCAUCGGGCACAGCAUGGGAGGCAAGACAGCCAUGGCGUUGGCACUGCAAAAGCCAGAGCUGGUGGACAGCCUGGUCUCAGUGGAUAUCAGCCCCUUGGCCACCAUGGGCAGUUCACUCAUCUCCGAAGUCUUAGCUGGUAUGAAGGCUAUGCAACUCCCUGGAAAUCUUCCUGACUCCCAAGCCUUUGAAGUAAUUGACGAGCAUCUGAAGCUAUUUGUGGAGGAUUCAAGUAUUCGGCGGUACCUGCUCAACAGUCUGGUUGAGGUCAAUGGGCAGUAUGUGUGGAAAGUCAAUGCUGAAAACCUGUGGCAGCAACAGCACCUGUUUCUGGAUAAUCUUCAUAUCCACGGCAUCUAUCGUGGCCGCACACUGUUCCUCAGAAGCAGCAAUUCAUCCUUCAUCCCGCCAAGUAACUACCGCAAGAUAAAGCUCCUGUUCCCUGAAGCCCAGUUCCAGACCAUCCCUGAUGCUGGCCACAUCAUCCAUAUCAAGAAACCCCAAGAGUUCAUGAACAGUAUCCUUAGUUUCCUGUCCUAGAAGUUGUGCCCUCUCCCCACAUUCCACUUUGUAACUUUCAAACACUCAGAGAGCCCUAGGCUCUUCCUUCACUUGGAAACUUUCUUUAAAAAAAAAAAGAAUCUUUUUCUAAUCCAGAAUUGAACGAACACCAAUCAAUAUGAACAUUCCCAUAGAAAAAGAAUAAGAGAAAAAGACAAUUGCAGAUAUUGUGAAUUUCUGUUAUGAACAGCUUGGGUUUUUUUAAUCAUAUGAUAAGUUCAACAUGUUAAUUUCCAACUUGUCUUCCUGUCUUCAGCUCCCACCAAACUUUCUUCUGUUCUGUGCUCUGCAAUUUUUACAUGUCUCAAUGACCCACUUUCUUUUCUUUUUUAGAAAAAAA